AUGUUGGAAGCAGUGAGUUCCUUAUCCGAACAGGAAGAUAAUAAGAGAUUCACUUCGUCUGACAUAAAACUAUUGCUCUGUGGAGAUUUCAACUCCAAAACAGAUUCUGGUGUGUAUGAGUUUUUAACGAAAGGUCAGCUCGCUAUGGAUCAUCCGGAUUUUCGAAAUUUGGAUUACAAAAAAGCCAUUAAUACAAUUUUUGGAAAUCCGGAAUCUGCCGAAGUAGUCCACCACUCGCUGAAUCUUUUAUCGGCCUGUCCUGAAGAAUAUAUGCCGUAUACAAAUUAUACGUAUGACUUCAAGGCGAUGAUCGAUUUUGUUUUUUAUGGAACAUUAAAUAUGAAACCAAUAGGAUUCUAUGGUCCCAUAGAUGAUCAAUGGUUCCAAGAGAAUAGGAUAGUGGGCUGUCCUAAUCGGUACAUCCCAUCGGAUCACUUUCCACUGGUGGUAUAUUUCAAGAUGGCAACUUGAAGGGUCAGUCAUCGAUUACGUGCUUGCAAGAGGUACUAAAUCUUACUGAUUUUUGUCGGCUUCACAUCGCUCCUAAUACACUGAGAAACAAAUUUA